AUGUUGGAGUGUCCCAACUAUUUCAUCACCAAUUCUCAGUCUCUUCACGUAGGUAAACGAUUUUCAGCCCUGAGUGCCGAUGAAGAGCUAGAACUCGGCAACGUGUUCAUCAUGUUCCCCAUGAAGAGACUGAACUCCGUGGUGACGGCAGCCGAUGUGGCUCAACUCUUCAUGGCAGCGAAUGCAUUGGCCAAGAGAAUAUCCAAUGGACACAUGAAGGAGGAAGAAAGUUCGAUGGGAGGAUCGAAAUUGAGGUUGGAAGGGAUCGAGGAAUUUAAGUACAGGUUAUCUGUUUGUAGGUCAAGAAAGCCUUCGUUGGAAACAAUCAAAGAAGAACCACAAAUAUUUCUUCCUGUUCUUGUGAGAGGAUGA